AUGCGAACCUCGCAAAGAUACAACGAAAACGUUUCCGAAACGGAAAACAAUAGGAUACAAAAACUUUUGCUAUCCGAAUAUUGUGAUUUUUCUGAUACAGUACUCGUUGAAUCACCAUUCGCUGAAACUACAAGAGAUGGACAUGGUUUGAGACAAGUAGCACUCGGUUUGACACCACAAAGAUUGAUCAUUGCAGCUGAUGUUUUCAAACAAAAUUCCAAUCAUUUUCUUUGUCCGGUUGACCUGGAUCCAAGCAUCGAAAGUUUCGAACUAGUUUCUGUAUAUCCUUUGGAUUAUAUUACAUUGACAAUAUUCGCAAGAAGACACCGUAAAACUUUAAAAGGAAGGCUGAUAGAUGGUAGAAUUCAUUAUUACGAGUUAGGUGGAAUUAAUCGUAGAGAAAUAUUUUGGAAAAUUUGGUGCGAUCAUAUACGUGGUUUACUAGAACGAAAAAGAAAAAAAAGUAGUUCAUUGUCCGAGACAAGUGUUGCAAGUUCUUCGAGUACAACAACCGUAUACUUUUUAUCAUCCGAAAUUGAAAUUGGAAAUCAUUUGUCGGUGAAAAAGAAAAGAAACGUAUACAGAAUUUGGGCUCAUUACGGGGGUGGUGCAGGUGAUAAUAAUCGUCCAACAUGGUUAAACAAAGAUUUAUAUCUUGGUCCAUCUUAUAACGAAUUAAUAUUCGGUUAUUAUACACCAAUUCCUGUAAGAUUUGCUGGUGCUAGUUUAGAAGAAAUCAAAUCUACAUUGACAGAUCAUUCUCCGAAUAUAAUUAUUAAAAAACCUUGUCAAAGUUGGCCGGAAUGUCGUAACAAUAAUAAUAAGUAUACAAAAAAACUAGCAGAACACAACAUUAAUGAUGAUCUGUGUGACGUUUUAUUCAUCAGAGAUAAUAAAGAUCGACAAAUUCUUACAAGUUGCAAUUGUUCCUCUUGCGAUCAUUGCAAAUCUCAAGAAAUAUUACAGGAAACUUUAUGGAACAAUAAUAACCGUGAAUCAACGAAAAGUUCGAGAAAAAUUCUAGACGACAGAUCGAUUGUAUAUCCAAUUAAAAAAUUGACAAAAUCUAAUUGCAAAAAGAAACAACAACAACAAUCACCGAACAUUUUGAUAUCAAAAGUUUCGCGAUUCGGAUUCGGUGUUCCGGAAAAAUGUAAUUCGACUUUAAUUUUAGGCCCGUCACAAAGAUGUUAUCGUAAUAAUAAUAAUAAAUCAAAGAACGGAAGUGAGAAUAAUCGGAUAAACGUUUACGAAUUAAUCGAAAGUAGCGUAAGGAUGUGGGAAAAUCAAAAAAAGAUUGUUGAUAAUCGAUCUGACCCCCCAUCAAGGAAAAAUUUAGGCAAACAACAUUUCAGGAGAUACGGUUUGAUCACUGCAGCAUAUUUUUUUCGUGCAUUGGGUCCUUGGUCAGUUCAAUCGGGGGAACGUGAAUCAGUUCAAGGUCGUAGAACGGUUAGCGCAGUUAAUGUAAGAAGACAAUGCAUUGAACCAGAACUGAGAUUACCUGUCUCUCGUCGUCAAUUGAUAGCAAGUGUGUCAUGCAGUGCAUUGGAACCUGGUGGUUGCAGUGCUAUUGGUCCAGCAACAAAAGAACAAGUUGUAUUGUUUUGGACUCCGGAAUAUUGGUACAGACCAAGACCAGCUAUCACAGCUUACAGAGAACUCAGGAGACAUCUGGCAUCUAUCAGUGAUUAUCAUCAUCAGAAAACUGAACAACGGAAAUGUGAGAAAAAAUUUUUUUACAUACGCAAGAGAUCCAUUUUACCAUCUGGUAAAGGAAUAAUGGAAUCGAGUAUUUCUUUGGAAGACAAAUCGGGUAAUCUGUUGAAACGAAUUUUUUCUACUAACGGAUCUAAUAAGAAAAGAAAUAAGAAGAUGGAAUGUAAAGAAAAUGACGAUGACAAUGAUGCCAUGUAUCAAUUGAAAAAAUUAUUGAGAUUGGAAAUGCGUGUAACUGUAUGGGACUUGGAUAGUACAACUCUUGCUAAACAAUUGACUAUGAUUGAUAGAGAUCUUUUUAUUCGAAUACCUAUCAAUGAAAUUGAAAUAAUUGUAUUUCAAAGAUCAUCGAGAAAUGCACCGAAUCUUGGUGCUUUGGUUGCUUUCGGUCAUAGGAUUACUUGUUUAACCAUCAGUGAAAUAAUUGCAGUUAAACAAAUCGAUAUGAGAACUAGAAUGAUGGCUAGAUUAAUCAAUGCUGCUGACAAGUGUUUCAAUAUUGGAAAUUUUCAUUCUUGCAGAUCUAUUUUAGCUGGUCUCCAAGCACCACCGAUUUAUCGAUUGAAAUCUAGUUGGUCUUAUUUACGUACUCAUCAUGCUAACAGAUACGCCAUUAUGGAAAGAUUAUGUAAAAUUUAUAAAAAUCCAAAUUCUUCCUUGUAUCGAAGAGCAUGGGCCAAAGCAAAACGAAACCCACCUUGCAUACCUUACAUCGGUGAUCUUAUAAUUAGACUUUUAGGUCUUCAUAUUUCUCAAUUUUCCGAGAAAAAUAUUCUAUCGAACAAUUCGAAAUAUUUUCUAUCGAAAAAUGUUACGAUAUUUCCAAAAACAAUUUCUAAAAAAUCAUUACAAGAUAAAUCCCAUCAUCAACAAAAUACAAAUGAAAUGUCGAAUAAAAAUAUUCUAAUAAAUGUUUUAAACAAAUUGAAAUGUAAAAGUUAUCGUAACGUAGUAAAUGAAAAAAAUGAUUUAUUAUCAUCGAUUACAUUGAGACAACAACAAUUGGCACGAAAAUAUUUCGAUCGUUGGAAUUAUAUUACUUUAAGAUCAACGAUCGAAAAACAAGAUCAAGAAAAAUUCAAUAAAAUGAAUUAUAAAAGUAAACGUGUCCUUGAUUUGUCGAUUUGGUUAAACAAUUGUCAAAAAUUUGCAAGGGGAUAUAAUUUUUCGAGAAAUACCAUGGCCAGGGAAUUUUUAUUAAAGGCACGUUACAGAGAGGAUCGUGACAAUUUUUUUAUCAGUUUAAAACUCGAACCUGCUGAUAUUUAAAAAAAAAAAACAAAAUGAACCACGACUCACCACCUUGAUAAAAUAAUCCAAUAAAGUAUCGGAACCACAUUGGUUUUUUUAAUCUUCUUACAAAAAACGAUUCUAAUUCUGAAAAAUAAAACGAAUAUCUUUGAU